CGCAAAAUUCCGACCUUACGCAGCAUGAAAGUAAAAUUUAACCAAAACUAUACUCAAUAAACGUUAUUUAGCUGCUUUGAAAAUGAGCAACUUUUCUGUCGAAGAAUUGGCUAAGUUUCAAGAUGUGUUCUAUAAGUUCGAUGAAAAUGAUGAUGGGCGAAUAUCAUUAAAUGAAGCAAUGCAUGCGUUUCGCUUACUUGGAUUUAGCCCUAAUGUUGGGGAAGUGCAAGAAAUGUUUACUGAAAAAGAAAGUCUUCACAAAGGCUCAUUAGAUUUUCCUCAGUUUAUUCUAAUUCUUGAAAAGAAUUUAAAAACUCCUGACUCUACUGAAGACAUUAUAAAAGCAUUUGAAACGCUAGAUCCUAAACGAUCAGGAUAUAUACGUGCAAGCGACAUCUAUACUAUCAUUACGAGCCUCGGUGAUCCAAAAAUUAAUUCCGAGGAAGUUAAUGAAAUGCUUAGAGAAGCAGAUGUUAAAAAAAAUGGCGUUAUUAAUUAUCGAGAGUUUGCCAAAAAGUUGGGAGAGUCAUAGAAUAUUGAAAAGAAAAUUGUAACACACUUCAAAAUCUUCUCAAAUACCACAAAAAGUCUUUAUUGAUAUAAAAUUCUCACGAACGGUAAAAUAUAGAUUGAUGAAUAGACUGAAUACUCAAAAUGACCUGAUCUUGUUAUAAAGUAUUAUAAUUAAGUAUUUCCACGUAGCAUAUAUAACGUCAUGAUAAAAAUAAACAAAAUCUUGAGUUCUUUUAAACUUUGUGUAUUUGUAAUACUGUUAAGAUAUUAAAAAUUUAA